AUGAUGAUGUAUUUAUGGCUGGAUUUGUGUUUGAUUGCUAAGAAAUCAAAUGAGCAUAAUAUAGCAAUUGGUGGCUAAGAGAAUGGUUUAGUUAUCGUUAGACUUAUUUAGAAGGGUAAUUGCUAGUUUGAAUUAAUUUAAGAUUAAAAAAGAUUCAUUGAUAAUAUGUGGGUCAGCUCAAUGAUGCUAUUAAGACCAUUUAUAAUUGCAUUCACUUGCAUAGUUGGACAUUCAAAAUCUUAUUUAAAGAUAUUUGACAUUAAAAGAAAGUAAUAUAUCGUAAAUGUCAAAUUGCCAUCUAUAUCCUAUCUGUAUGGAAUAGCAGGAUAUGACUAUAACUAUAAUCCAUUCGCUUUUAUAAAAGAUGAUAAUCAAGUAUCACUCAUCAAUUUUAGAAAUCAAAAGAUAGUCAAGGUAGUUAACUCUGUAUUUAGUCAUUAAAUCUAUAAAAGUUAAUGCUUUGCAAAUAAAUAAUUGAAAAAGACAGAUAGAAAUAAGUUCAUAUUUUAUGAUGUUCAAAAUAUUGAGUUGGAUAGUAUCUAAAAAUCAGAAAUAAGAAUGUUUAGUAUUGAAAUGCCUUGA